CCUGGAUCUCCUCAAUCCUCUCGGUUGGGUGGAGUGUUUUCUUCUUCACUCUGUCCCACACAUCGUCUCCAGGAUGACCGCAGGGUUCAAGACCACAGUUUAAGAACCAUCAAUGUUCAAUCUGGAAGAGUGUGAGUGAUCUAGCUGACAGGUGUCUUUGUGGCACCUCUCAUCAGUUGUUAUGGGUACGGCAUCCUCCCUGGUGAGCCCAGGUGAGGUGAUUGAGGAUGCGUACGGGGGUGAGGUAGGGGAGGCAUGUGAGAUACCGGUGGAGGUGAAGUCAAAGGCACGUCUGCUGCAGAGCUCCUUACUCCGUGGGACUCGUGUCAUCGGCGCCAGCUUCAAAUCUACCGGAUCAGUUGAACUGGAGUACACGGCUGAGAAUGAGCGCCUCAGGAAAGACUAUGAGAUCUUCAGGGUCGGCAAGAACAAUGAGAUCGCCUCCAUGCAGAAGAAAGAAGCCAAGCUGGAUGAGGAGAACAAGAGACUGUGUGCUGAGCUGCAGGCUCUUCAAAAGACUUACCAGAAGUUUCUUCGAGAGAGGGAAAGUGCCCUGGAGGCAAAGUAUCAAGCAAUGGAGGGAGCUGCCACCUUUGAACAUGACAGAGACCAGGUCAAACGGCAGUUUAAGAUAUUCCGGGAGACUAAAGAAAAGGAAAUUCAGGAUUUGCUGCGGGCAAAACGAGAUCUGGAGUCAAAACUUCAACAGCUGCAGGCUCAAGGCAUUCAGAUUUAUGAUCCAGCAGACUCGGAUUCAGACGACAACCGCACCACUGUCACCACUGCAGGAACUCAGUGUGAGUACUGGAGUGGUUGCAUAUUGGGCAGCGAGCUGUCCAUGGGCAGUAUGAUGCAGUUACAGCAGACACACAGAGGUCCAGAAUUCGCUCACAGUCUCAUUGACGUGGAGGGGCCAUUUGCCAAUGUCAGCAGAGAGCCUGAGAGACGUGAGGAGAAACUUGCAGCAGACUGGCUACAGCCGCAUCCCAAUCCUCUGAAACAACACGUAGUGGAUCAUGCUGGGCCUGUAGAGGAAGGAGCUGCUCUUAUCUUCACUCAACUUGAAAGAGUUAUCAAACAGGAGUUGUUGGGUUUGGAGUUAGAAGAGAGUGGAGCUGUGGAGGAGAGAGAAGAGGAAGACUCUGGUGAUGUGCUGUGGGAUCUUCAUGAUGAGCAGGAGCAAAUUGAGACAUUCCAGCAGGCUUGCAGCUCAGCUUCCAUAUUCAGCUUCCAGAAGUAUGUCGACCGACUCAAUGACAUGGUAGCCGCCCCUCCACCCACCCCACCACUGCUGGUAUCUGGUGCACCUGGAUCGGGCAAAUCACUUCUGCUUGCUAAAUGGAUAGAGUUACAGCAGAAACACUCUCCCAACACCCUCAUCCUGUAUCACUUCACGGGACAUCCUCUCUCUACCAGCACAGAUCCAGUGCUCAUCAUUAAGCGCCUCACAGUGAAGCUGCUCCAGCAUUUCUGGUCUAUUUCCGGCCUCUCGAUGGACCCUUCUAAGAUCCUCGAAGAGUUCCCACGCUGGCUAGAGCGGCUGUCUGCGCGUCACCACAGCAACAUCAUAAUCAUCAUUGACUCCAUUGACCAAAUACAGAAUGCUGAGCGGCACAUGAAGUGGCUGAUUGAUCCUCUUCCUGCUAAUGUGAGAGUCCUGGUGUCAGUUAAUGUGGAGACCUGCCCACAGGCAUGGAGAUUGUGGCCCACGCUGCACCUGGACCCACUCAAUCCCAGAGAGGUGAAGAGUCUUAUCAGCACAGAGUGCGUGAACAGCGAUAUCAAACUCGCCAAAGAUCAGGAAAAGAAGUUGGAGAGACAUUGCCGUUCAGCUGCAACAUGCAAUACACUCUAUAUCUCACUACUGGCAAGACUCAUUACACACUCUAGAUCUUCCUGGACGUUGGAGAGGACUCUACAGCAUUGUGCGUUGUGUCAAGAUACAGUAUCGCUAUACAGACUGGGCCUGAAGUCGGCGCUUGACUCACUCAGCACAGAUCAGGAAAAACACAUCAUGAAAGAGUUAUUGUGCUUGGUAUGUGCCAGUCACAACGGCAUUAGUGAAUCGGAGGCUUUGGAGAUGUUCCCAGACCUGAGUUUUCCCGCUCUCACCUCACUGCUCCACAAUCUGGAGAGACUCCUCAUCAUUACCUACGCCUGUGGCCUCAUUCGCUUUCAGCACCCACAGGCAUGUGAAGCGGUCAACCAAGAGUUUCUGGAUGGGGGCAAAUGUCGUGGAUCCCACAGUGAGAAAAUCAUUCGGUUCUUCAGUGAACAGCUGAAGCAAGACAGAGUGACGUGGAGGGUGGCUGAUGAAUUGCCGUGGUUACUGCAGCAGCAGGAAGAUCGAAGUAAACUCCAGAUGAGUUUGCUUAACUUGUUUGUGUCCCAGAACCUGUACAAGAGGGGUCAUUUCUCUGAGCUGCUGACAUACUGGCAGUUUGUUGGUAAGGAUAAGUGCUUAAUGGCGACAGAGUAUUUCGACUCAUUGAAAGAGUUUGAGAAGACCUGUGAGAGUGAGCAGAGCAUGAGCCGACUGGCCAACCUGUACAAGACACUGAGCCGCUUCCUCAAAGACCUGGGACUGCUCAGCCAGGCGGUGGCCCCCUUGCAGCGCUCCUUAGAGAUCCGUGAGACGGCUCUGGAUCCGGACCACCCAAGUGUGGCUCAGUCCCUGCACCAGCUGGCAGGGGUUUACGUUCAUUGGAGGAAAUUUGGAAACGCAGAGCAGUUGUACAAACAAGCUAUGGAGAUUUGUGAAAACGCUUACGGCCCUGAACACAGCACUGUCGCUAGAGAACUAGACUCACUCUCGCUCCUCUACCAGAAACAAAACAAAUAUGAGCAGGCCGAGAAGUUGAGAAAGAGAUCAGUCAAAAUUAGACAGAAGACAGCACGACAGAAAGGCUACAUGUAUGGUUUUGCUCUCUUGAAGCGGCGGGCACUGCAGUUAGAGGAACUUACUCUUGGCAAAGACUCAGCAGAUUGUGCCAAGACUCUAAAUGAGCUUGGAGUGCUUUAUUACCUGCAGAACAACCUGGAUGCUGCAAAAAUGUUCUUGACCCGUUCCCUGGAGAUGCGCCAGCGCGUGCUGGGGCCAGAUCACCCCGACUGCGCCCAGUCUCUGAACAACCUAGCCGCGCUUCACAGCGAAAGGAAAGAGUAUGAGAAUGCCGAGGAGCUGUACGAAAGAGCACUUGACAUCCGUAAACGAGCACUCACCCCAGAUCAUCCCUCUCUCACCUAUAACCUCAAACACUUGGCCAUGCUUUACAAACUCAGGGGGAAGCUGAAAAAGGCAGUACAGCUGAGCCGUGCUGGUCGCUGA